AUGGAGAACCUGGAACACCGGGUAAACCAGGAGCACCAGGGCUGGCUGGAAUUGCUCCACCAGUUACCAUCGACUCGAAACAAGGGCUGUCGUGUCUGUCCACACGGAGCUCGCGGCCCACCUGGAUCUCCUGGAGAGCCUGGACCAAUGGGAGAGGAAGGUGCACCAGGUGCUCCGGGACGACUCGGGGAGCCAGGCAGGGAAGGAUAUCCUGGACAACCUGGAAUCCCUGGCGAAAGCGGUAAGCCUGGAAGACUAGGUGAACCAGGUGUUCCGGGAAGAGAAGGCACCCGUGGAGGUAAGGGACCUAUGGGAGACAAAGGAGAACCAGGACCACAAGGUCAAAAAGGACCAGCCGGCUAUCCAGGACGCGAUGGACAGCGUGGAAGCGACGGCGAGGUGGGACCAGCAGGACCACCAGGACAGAUUGGAAUGCCUGGCGAACCUGGUCAACAAGGUAUCAUGGGAGCACCUGGUAAUGACAACCUGGUCCCGAUGCAAACUACUGCAAGUGCCCAGAGCGUAGCUUGGGUGUUAAUCGCUAUUCCGAGAAGCCAAAGACAACUUCAGCGCCUGCAAGCAGCACCACAAGGUUAUGAUGCGCCUCCAACACCAGUGGUAGCGCCACCAGCAUCCUCUUAUGAAGCAGUUGAGGCGCCGCGCAACCCGUACCGCAAAUGGAAGUGGCUUCACUGA